CCUGGAGUAGGGUUAGGUGCGAAUGCAUACCAUACUACCAUGACUACCUAUUGCCUAGUCGUCUACCUAGACUAGUCGAGUUGACAUCCCGCGCGACGCGCGACUCUUGUGUCUCUCUGCUGCUAGCGACCCUACUCUCACACUCACGACGACGCUUGAAACAUGACCCAGUCGCCCGUGCACGAACAGGCUCACGCUCACGCUCACGCCCAUGCGCACGCCCACGCGCACGUCCACGCACAUGCACGCGCCCCCAUCCGCUUUCGUGCUGCCAAAGCCUGUCAUACCUGCCACCAGAAGCGCGUCAAAUGCGAUGCCAGCGAGCGAGGCACCCCUUGUACCCGCUGCGAGCAGCGACGAGAGCCCGAGUGCACACUGAUGCAGUCGCGGAGGGGCAUCUACGCCCGCAAGCAACGCCGACCGCCCCAGCAACUCCCCGCCGCCGCCGCCGCCGCCAACCCGCCCGCCGCCAACUUGCCUGCCGACUCAUCUACUACGAUCCAACGAGACGUAACCACAGCAGAUGCCGUCGUUGUCGCCGCCGAUGAUGCUGAUGCUGCCGCUGCCGCCGACGCGGCUGCCACUCAGCCCACCGCGACGCCUCCCCACCCACCGCCUGCACCCAAGGACCCCUCCAGCGUGGAGAGCACGAGCAACGCCUCCUUGUCCUCGUACCGCGAUAUCAGCUGGGCGACCACCUUUGACCAUCUACUCGAGCGCUACCACAACGGAGGAGACACUCUCAACAAGCACUCCAUCACCUACAUAGGCGAGGCCUUUCCCCUUGGCAUCGUCCUCAAGGAUCUUCAAGGCGGUGCCAAUCGCCCGCUGCUCCACCAUCCCGGUCCUCCCUGCGCAGACCAAGAUGCUGCCGCUGACCACGCCCGUCUUUCCCAUCCGCCUGGCAUGCGCGCAGAGGAACUCGCCUUCCUCGAAUCAAAGCACGUCUUCACAGCGCCCUCGGACGAGACGGUGGAUGCCCUCAUCAACAUCUUCUUCGAGCGCGUCUUUCCUCUAUACCCUAUUGUGAACCCCUACGAAGUCCUGCUCCAGCACAAGUCGCGACGCAUUCCCUGGAUGUUGCUCCACGCCCUCUGCUUCAUCUCCGCCACCUACUGCCCCAUGCGCCUACUUCGCCGUGCAGGCUUCAAUGCCCGCGCCGAAGCCCGAUCCCUGUUCUACGAAAAGGCAAAAGCCCUCUUCGACAUUGGCUACGAAGGGAAUAAGAUUGUAGCCGUUCAGGUCUCCAUCAUCAUGAGCUUCUGGGGUGGCGGCCCCAGCAAUUACUGGAACUUCUACACCUGGAUCUGCACAGGCGUCACCAUUGCCGAAACACUAGGGUUCCAUAGGUCCAUGGCUAGAGCGACCAUCGAGCCACAAGACAGAAGUCUGAUCAAGCGCUUGUGGUGGAUUCUCGUCAUACGAGAUGCCACUUGCGCCUCGCUAGUCGGACGCCCAUUCAGGGUAAACCUCGACCACUGCGAUGCCGACCCCUUGACCGAAGACGACUUUUGCUACGACCAGAGCCUGUACUUCGAAUGCAUGACGAGCCCGCUAGUACAGCUCUCCGGUCUCUACCAGAUCCACGCAACCAAGCUGUCACUCAUUCUCCGCCACAUCAUCGCCGCCCGCUUCCACCCACAACACCAAAACACUUCGGCUUCGUCCUUGUUGCAAGAAAUGAUGACGGCCUGGCGCAACGAGCUGCCCGCAGAAAUGGCAUGGCCCGAUCGCAUCAAGAGCCCACUCAACGUCUUCGUGUCCACUCUACGCAUCUUGUACAACCACAACGUGAUAUUAGCACACGUCAAUGGCUCCAUGGACCCAGACCCCGGCGUCUUGGACGGACCCUGUUCGCCAAGGUCGAUACGAGAAGAGGUCAUGAGCGAUGCUGCCCAGCAGAUUGCUUCCGCUUCCUGCGAUGUCGUCAUUACCCCCGAUGGUCUUCUCCCUCCGCAUGAGCUUUUCCACGGCCUAUUUGUCGCAGCCGUGGUGUUCUACAUGCAGACCAAUAGCCGCGACCCAAUGGUUGCCCGAUCCGGCAUGUCUGGCCUGACCAAUUGUAAGAUGGCUCUACAUGCUGUUCGUGAUACUUGGGAUGCAAGCCCGUGGAUCUCGCAACUAUUCGACAAGGCCCUUAGCCUGUGCUUGGUCACACACCGUCCAGCAGCGGGAGAAGACGUCGGCAGUAUCAGCGCCGAAGCCGACAUGGCUCCCAACGACUUCGCUGCUUUCGAUCUGGACGGCUACUCUAUCCCAAGCUACGGAGGAUGGGCUGUCCAGGGCAAUUUCUUCGACAUUUCUUUAGACGCUUCAUCAUUCAUCCACAUGGCUCCCACUUUUGACCAAGGAUCGGGCUAAGGCGAUACGGUGGGGCUAUAACGUCUCCUCUUCAGAUCGCAGCAGAACUCCAUCACCACGUAGCGCUGUGCGCGAUUGGACUUGGCAGUGAGGCAAGUGUGUGAUUGAUAUAUGUAAUGCAAUGGUAAUCGUGCUCUCCAUGUACAAGAUACGCCUUCCGAUCUUGAUUAAGCCUG